AUGACCGGCGAGCUGCAGGUCAGCCUCAUAUGGCGUCUUCAUGCCGGUCAACGCUACGAUUACCUGGUGUGGACUUCAACAGGACGGGGGAGUCUCCCCAUCCCCUCCCUCCCCCACCCAGCACCCCAGACCCCGGUUACCGCGCCUGCCCCUCCCCUGCCCCCCCACGCCCAGCCCACCCUCACCCCUCCGCCCCCCUCCCUGGAGGAGGCCUGGGGCUCUGGGGACUACCUGGAGACGCUGUCCUUCGAGGAGCUGGUGCUCGCCACGCCGCUGCCUAGCAACCCGUACGACGACGACGACGGAGACGGAGACUGGGUCUCCUACGAUACGGCCUUCCCUCCCGGCCCACCCUCCCCCUUCCUCCCCUCCAUUACCCCCCCCCCCCCCGCUGCACACUCGCCCCGCCCACCCAGACCUCUUCCCCACCUGGGACGAGGACUACGAUCUGGAGGACCUGACCCCCCUGCAGCCCACGGAGCUGCUGCUGCCAGACAUGAACAGCAUGGAAGAGGCUGCCCCGGGCAGACCUCCGGCUCGCCCGUGCCGUCCAACACCACCGGCUGGGUGCCCCCCCCUCCCCGCUGGGCCUGCCCACCCGCCCCGACAGACGGAGCGCCCGCCCCCCACCACCCAGACCCCCCCAUCAGCCUGACUAGAGCGCCAGCCCAGGCUCCGCCCCCCAGGCUGUACCUGUGCAACGCCAGCAAGCCGGAGAUGUACCUGGUCCGAGUGGUCAGUUCCAAAAGCUCUCCGGCCGGUUUCACCACGGUCAGAGAACUUCUGAAGAGAGAAUUCAACCGCUCGGUGGAACUACAGUUCCUGCGAACUCCGUCCAGCUUCUCCUUCCGCGUGGUGUCGGGCCCGCUGAUCUUCACCGCCAUCUCCGUCAUCAACGCCCUCCGCCAGGCGGCGGCGCCGCGGCCCGCGGGCCCAGUCCCCGCCGUGGCGCCGCUCUACAGCGUGCCGGACCGGCGCCACCACAUCCACUCCGUGCUGCAGUUCGUCCCCGCCCACGUGGACGUCCGUCUCUGUAACUUCAGCGAACGCAUCGAGAGAGGCCUGAUGAUGGCGUACGCCGAGACACAGCGGCGCGCUCACGAGGCGGGAAACACCUCCGUACAGGUGAGUCUGACUCUAGUCUUCAGCUGUUUUUCAUCAGUGCGUGAUGGGCGGGACUUCCUGCCGGGCUCAGAGGUCAGCGAACACCUGAGGAAGCUGAGCCUGGUGGAGUUCAGCUUUUACCUGGGAUUUCCAGCGCUGCAGAUCGCAGAACCGUUCCACUACCCCGAGCUGAACACCACUCACCACCUGCGCUACACCUGGGUCCGCACAGUGCUGCUCGGUGUGGAGGACCAGCUGGUGUCUCAGAGGACUUUUAAAGCUCGUCUAGAGCGUCGUCUGGCUCUGCUGCUGGAGGAGGGGCUACAGGCGGCCAGCAGGGGGGGCCGCUGGAGGAGGGCUACCGCCGCCGGCAACAACAGUCUGCAGGUGGUGCGGGUGGCCAGGCUGCCGGGGGUCCAGCGCCCCCCCCUGGAGGUGUUCUACUUCGUGGAGGGUCCUGGGGGGGGGCGAGUCCCGGCCGAGGAGACGGCGCGCGCCCUGAACCUCCUGGAGCUGCAGAGAGCCGCCAUCGUCCUGGGUUACCAGGUCCAGAGACCCAUCGCUCAGCCGGUGGAGACUCUGUCUGUCCCCCCAGCAGAGACGCAGAGCGGCAGUGUGUGGCUGGUCGUGGGCGUGGUUGUCCCCGUGCUGCUCGCCGUCUUCAUCAUCAUCAUCCUCUACGUCAAGCUGUGUGUCUCCGAGAAGCUCGAGUUCCAGCCGGACGCCAUCAGCACCAUCCAGCAGAGACAGAAGCUUCAGGCUCCCAGUGUGAAGGGUUUUGACUUUGCGAAGCUGCACCUGGGUCAGCACAGUAAAGACGACAUCAUGGUGAUCCAGGAGCCUGGCCCCGCCCCCGCCAAAGAGGCCACGCCCCCCGCCGCCGCCGCCGGAGACCUCAACACGCCCAAAUCCAAAGGCUCGUCCACCAAGGCGCCGCGCGCCGGCCGCCGCCACCGGGGACGGCUCAGCCCGUCAGACGCAGACUCGUUAGGCAGCGACCAAUCGAGCGGCAGAGAAUCGGCAGAAGAGAGCACCCGGCCCGUGGCCACGCCCAGCGACGGGAAGCACCGGAAGACCCCCAGAAACGGGAGGACCAAGAUGGGCGGGGGUGCUGACGAGCUUCUCUCCUCGUCCUCCAUCUUUGACCACGUGGACCGGCUGUCUCGCGGCUCGUCUGACGGGACGCGUCGCCAGGGCAACAAGGUGCAGCUGAUCGCCAUGCAGCCGCGGCCGAGCCCCCCCCCGCUGCACGGGCCCCCCCCGCACCUCAGCCCCUCCCUCACCGAGAAGGUCAGCACUGAGGUGGCGCUGCGGCACAAGUCCGAGAUCGAGCACCACAGGAACAAGCUGCGGCAGCGCGCCAAGCGGCGCGGCCAGUCUGAGUUCCCGUCCAUGGAUGACAUCAUGGACGCGUUCGGAGACGGGCCGGUCCAGAGCCAGGUGGCCCAGCGCCUCUACAGCUCCGCCCACGACCACAUGGACUGCAUCCUGCAGGCCGAGGGCCACGACCCCCCCACGCCAACAGACCCCCGCAGGAGAGGGAGGCCUUCCCCCCGGGGGCGUCUGGUACCGCCCGGCCCGGGUAGUCUCCCCGACACCGACCGGGACCGGCUGCUCACCGACCACACCGCCACCUACAGGAAAUACCCCGGACUCAACAACGUGGCCUACAUGUCGGACCCUGACCUCCCCCCGGACACCGGCAGCCCCUCCCCUACAGACGAGGUGUUUGACUCCGCCCCCCCCCCCCCCUACAUGCCCCCCCAGCCCUCCAUUGAGGAGGCGCGGCAGCAGAUGCACUCGCUCCUGGACGACGCCUUCGCCCUGGUGUCUCCGUCCUCGCAGGGCAGCGCCGCAGGGCUGAGCGGGAGAUACGCAGAGCUGGGAAUGUCUCACGCAUCCGUCCAGGGGCUGCUGCAAAGACCGGGCCUGAGCUCCGGAGGGUUUGUGUCUACCGGAGAGCCGCUGCAGGACUCGGUUUAUUCCAGCAGGGGGCAGUAUGAGGACCCCCCCUCCUCGUCCAGACCGCGGCCUGUAGGGGGAAGCACAGGUGCACAGCUGCACCACCUGACCCAGAUGGGUUUGUCCAGUCAGAUGGCAGCGUUUCCCGGCGUGGGUCGCAGCGUGUCCGGGCCCACCGGCUCCAGCUGGAACCAGCAGCACUCGGACCAGGACCUGUCCAGACCCGGAGCCAGCAGAGAGAGCGUGCUGUCCUUUCCCGAGUUCUCCUCCUCUGUUUUCCAGAUGCCCGGGUCCUCUCUGCGGGACGCCCCCCCUCCUGAUGACAUCACCGCCCCCAGAGUACCCCCCCGAGGACGCGUCCCCCUCCGCCCACACCUCGGCGUCUCUCAUCAAGGCCAUCAGGGACGAGCUGCGCCGCCUGGCCCAGAAACAGGUCUCCAUCACCAGCUACCCAUAGACUGGCCUGGACCGGUUCAGAACCUUCGACUGGUCUGGACCGGUUCAGAACCUUUGACUGGCCUGGACCGGUUCAGAACCUUAGACUGGCCUGGACCAGUUCAGAACCUUCGACUGGCCUGGACCGGUUCAGAACCUUAG